GUUGCAAACAAGCUUGUGUCAGAGCCUGCCUUUGCGUGGUGGGUUCCCUACACUCUGAGAAAGCGUGAUCAAGUUUUGAAAGCUGUCAAGCGCCGUGCUGUGAAAAGACAGAAGGCAGAAAAGUUUGGUAUUGAGGUGCCUGGUCCUGGGCCGAAAGGUGUUGCACGUGCGUAUGAACUUGUUGCUGAGAAUGGUACCACACAUUGGAGUGAUGCCUUGAUCAAAGAAGUGAAAACAAUCCUACCAGCUUUGAAGAUUCUGGAAGAAGAUGAAGAUGUUCCCGUUGGGUACCAGCUCAUUGAGCUUAUGACUGUUUUCGAUGUCAAGAUGGAUCUCACGCGGAAGGCACGAAUAUGUGCUAGAGGGGACCAAACGGAUCCUCCAAUGUCUGUCACCUAUGCAAGUGUUGUGACAAGGGAAAGUAUUUGA